UCUCUCUCUCUCUCUCCUCAAUUUCUCUCUCUAUCUCUCUCUCUCUCUCUCUCUCUAUCUCAAGGGGUUGGGCAUGGGGUAGCUGGGUGGAUCUCUAAAUGGGUAUUUACUAUUUAGGGUUUCCAUCUUUGUGUGGCUCCGAUUCCGCCGUGGUAUUGAUCGAUGAAGCAACGGAUUUAUGGUGUUUUUGUUCGGUUGGUGGAGAUGCGCGGAAUCGAAAGAUGAAACUGGAGUUGGAUUAGGGUUUUGAGGAGGUGGAUUUUUUAUGGGAAUCAUCGGCUUGUUUGGAAGGGUUUGAUGAUUUGAAAAAAAUAUAUAUAUAUUUUUUAUGCGAAAAAAUGGACGGGAAGAGCGAAAACUUUGUGAUUGAAGAGAGGAUGGUGAAGGAGAUGCAAUUAGAUGAUAAUAAUAAUUCUCCAUUAGAGGUGGAAAUGGAAGAGAUUGAGGAUAGUGUUAAUAGUAAUAGCAAAAACACUAGAGAUCAUAGCACCUAUGCUCUCUCUAUUGAGAAAGGGGAAGGGAGUAAUGUGGUGUUCUCAAGAGAAUCUCCCCUCGUUGCGAAAGAUCGCCGAAGCGCAAAAGCCCCCAAUUGCAACACCAAGAAGCCCAAAUCAAUGGCCUUUAGCUCGAUUCACGAGUGCGAUCCCUCGAGAAAAGUUUCGGAUCAGAAUCGGCAGGAUAAGAGGCUCUCCAGGCAUGAGAGAAUCCGGUUGGGCCAGUUGUUCCGCGGGGCGGUGAGCUCUCGCGAUUGGGGCCUCGCGGAGAGCCUCACGCCGCUGGCCGAUGCGCAAGCUCUCAAUGAUCUGCUCUGUCUAGGUUUGGAUGCCAUUUGGUUCUUGACCACUCGCGAGGAGCUCCAAGGGCUAACGGGCCUUAUCAAGACGAUCGUCGCGAACGGCGCGGGCGACUUCGUCAGGGCGGUGCUGCGGACGUCGUUCCUCGCUUCGUGCGUCUCCGCCUGCCAGAGCCGGACGACGAGUUUAGCGGAUCGCGUGAAUGUCAUGGCGCAGAGGUUUUAUGAACGUCUCCAAGAAUAUCACGGGGAUGAGAUAUUAAACGUAGAAGCCGGGGCCAAGGUCCAGAGAUUCACCGAAUGGGCGUUUAAGUGCAUCAUGUACUAUUCCAAUUCGCAAGAGAAAAACAACGGUGAAAAAGGCAGUUCCGUCUCUAUCCUCGAGGUUCAGUUCCAACUGUCAGCAUUCAAGAGUUUUCUGGAUCUCGUGGGAAAUAAUCUCACGGGAAAGGAUUUUACUGAGGCUUUUGACGCGGUGUGCUUCCCUCUUACUCUCUUCUCAAGCUUGUUUGAACCGGACUGGUCGUCUGGGGUCUCGGCUUUCGCAAUUCAAGGGCUUUUGGGGAUGCUGGUCGAGUGGGGCGCAGACAAUGUUAAUCAGUGUUUCCUUGAAGCUUCGCGCUUUGGGAGUACCGAGCUCGUGCGCAUCUUGCUGCAGAUUGCUCAGAGGAACAGCUUGGACAUCGACGUGGACCUUGCCCUUGGCUUCGCGUCCCACUACUGCAAGAUCCAGACCAUGGAGUGCCUGGUCGAUGAGGGGAAUGCGGCCACCUUCUUGGGCCCGCUGAUGCGGGCUGCUGAGCACGGUUGUCUGCCGGUCGUGCAGUGGUUUGUGGGCCACGGGUGCCGCGACAUGGAGCUCUGCCUCGCCCUCACCGCCGCCACCUCCGCCGGCCGAACUGAUGUCGCCGCUUACGUGCUCUUGCACAUCCCCAGCCACAUCCUCUCCGCCCUUGGUGUCGAAAUCCUCAAGGCCGCCGGCGACCGGAGCGGUGGGUCCGUCCGCGGCAUCGCCUUUCUUCUCCAAUCCGACUUUCUCGGCGAUCCCGCCGCCACUUACGCCGCGGCCGACUGCAUCGCGCGGUCGGAGGGCGAGGCGGUGGCCCCAGAGCUCAAGGCCUUUUUACGAGACCAUUGGUCGGAGGCCGCAUUCGACGAGGGGAUUUCAUAUGGCGAGGACCACUUCGUGAACUUCACGAGGAUCCUUAAGAGAAGCGAGGAGUCCCCAAUCCGGUUGAGGGACCUGCCGCUGCCGCUGGUGAUCGCAAUGGCGUACCUGCCGCUCUACAGGGAGUGUGUCGCGCAUGGGGGGCGGCUGCUGCCGCAGAGGCUGAGAGGGCAGCUCGUGGAGGCGGCGAGGAGGCUCGGCGGCGGCGGCGGCGGUCGGGGGUUGGUCGCGCGGGAUGCCCCGACGGAGGAUGUUCUGGCCGUGUUGAGGCGUCAUCUGCCGCGCUUCUUGAUCUGAUCGCGGCUUUUAUAGUAAGGAUAAUGGAAUGUGAAAUAUCAACAGCAUCUCAAUGAGCCUUUGGCUCUGAAAGUAGCAGGGCUAGUUUUAAGUUGAGAGGUGUAUGUGAUCUUUGAAUGAUCUUUGUUAGUUACUUGGCUUUUCCUUUUUUCUUUUUUCUUUUUACUUUUUAUGCCCCCUUGGUAACUUCCUUUUGUGGGAAGUAGUUAUGAGAUUAUAAUUUUGGGCUGUGUUAUAUUUUCCGAAUUAUAUCGCAGAAACGUUAAAUGGGCAGCUUUUUUGUUUUGUAAUUAUUAAGCUAAAUCUGAGAGCACUUGUCUCCUGCAA